AUGCAGCUGAUUUUGCACGUGCUAACAUCAACACAUGAUCAAAUAUUCCGCAUUUAUUUACAAACCAUGAUAAGUAUCAGCAGAAACUGUCUGUUCCACUAUCUUGCUACACUAUCAUGUUCCCUCUCAAUGAUGAGCUACGGGAUCAACUUCAGCUGGACAUCACCAUACCUCCCGAUCCUAACAUCAAACACCUCCAUAAUCCCCAUGACCAGCGAAGAAGGAUCCUGGUGCGCCAUCUCCCCCAUACCAGGCUGCGUCAUAGGAGCCUUAAUCAGUGCAAACCUAGCCGACAGAAUAGGCAGAAAACAUACCAUACUGGUCUUGGCACCGGUAGUGUUAGCCUGCUUCGUAGCCAUAGGCUACGUCAGGAACUACUGGUGGCUUCUAACCUUGAGAAUGGUCAUUGGUAUCGCUGAUGGAGCAGCUUUCGCGCUUGUGCCUAUGUACGUUGGAGAAAUAGUCGAGCCUCAGUUCAGGGGAUUCCUAGCAUCUCUCAGCUACCUCUUCUACGUAGCUGGAGGCCUGGUAAUCAACAUAAUAGGACCAGCUUACAGUAUCUUCGGUUCCAGUAUGAUAUCUGCUGCUAUACCAGCCAUCCACUUCUUGAGCUUCGCUUUCAUGCCCGAAUCGCCCUACUACUUGGUCAAGGCUAACAAAUGCGAACAGGCAGAGCACUCCCUGAGGAUACUGAGGGGUAACCAAGAUAUCCGUAAAACCAUCGAGGCUUUAAAGGAUGCAGCUAAACAAGAAGCGCAACUCGGGGAGAAGCCUGUACUAGGGGACAUAUGGCGCGUGCCCAGCAACCGCAAAGCCUGUUUCAUCUUCUUGAUAGCUAGUUUAGCGUCUAGAGCCGCAGCUAAGGCUCCUUUGAUUUCUUAUACCAUGGCUGUUUUUGAAGAGGCUGGGACGAAUAUCAGCACAGUGAAUUCGACUAUCGCUUAUUGCACUGUGGAGCUUGUGGUCGCUUUCAUCACCACUUGCUUCAUCAUUGAUAGGUUUGGGAAGAGAUUUCUGGUUAUAGUUUCAUCUAUGGGAUGUGUUGUUACCUUGGCGAUGAUGGCAGUAUACUUUUUCCUCAAAUAUUUCGAUCAUGCUGCGGUGGAAUACUUGGGUUGGUUUCCCCUAGCUACUCUGAUAACUUACAACGUUCUAUUCAACAUUGGCUUGGCGUUUGCUCAAAUGUGCUAUCUCAGCGAGCUGUUUCCAAUGAAUGUCAAGGCUAAUGCGCUGAGUCUAGCUGAGAUUUGGAAUUGUCUUUCAUCUGCAUUUUGUAUCAAAAUGUUUCAGAUGUUGACAGACUGGUCAGGGACGUUGGCUGUUACUUUUCUGGUAUUCGCAGUGUGGAGUUUGGUUCUGUUUGUCUUCAUUGUGAAAUAUGUGCCAGAAACCAAGGGAAAGAGUUUGGAGGAGAUUCAAGUAUUUCUGAUUCUGAGCACAGUUCCGACGAUAGUAUGCAUCGUAGGCUUGAUAUGGGCUUCGGAGUCUCCCAGGUACCUCUUGGAAGCCUCCAGAGAAGUGGAGGCUUUAGCGGUGUACCAGAGGCUACAUAGACUGAACAAUAGCAGGACGCAGUACGGCCUCACGGAAUUAGAGCUGCCCGGACGUAGUGCAUACAGAGAGAGAAUGAGUCCCACAAGGAAUAUCAUCAAGCAUGGUGUCAAUUCGUUUCGAGAGGCGUUUCAGUUUGUUUCGUGCCCAGCCAAUUUCCGAAGCACCCUACUGUUAGCAUCACUCCAUUUCCUCCUGGGGUUUCUGUACACGGGCCUCACUACCUACACCUCGGCAAUAAUGCAGGAUCAAAGGGACCAUAAGUAUUUUUCUGAUAAGCAAUACAUUUCCAACGAGAACUAUACAGGGGUGGUUUUCAAUAGUACCCUAGAGAAUAGGGAGUACCAGAAUGCGUUGUUCAAGAAUGCGACGUUCACUCACUUGUUGCUGAAUCACGUGGGCUUCGUUAAUUGUACAGUCAUUGAGUCGGAGUUCAUCGAUGUGAAGGCCUCGGUUUCCUAUUUCAAAGAUUCUAGUAUCAUAGAUUCCAGGUUCAUCGACACAGAUCUCACUACCCAUCACUUUGUCAACUGCUCUCUUAUCAACAAUACCUUUCUGUCGGUUAUAUCUGACUGCACCACGAACUUCGACUACAACAAUCACCUGGAGGAGCUACAUCAAGAGACUACCGAGUGGUCAACAAUAAUGGCCGUGGCUCUCGUAGUUUUAGGAUUCGGGCUCGAAUGCGGCAAAGCGAGCAGACGGCGGUUUAUGUACGUCGCCAUGUUGGUGGUGGGGGGCAGCGCGAUCGGAAUACUGUUCAUGGCCGACUAUACGAAGGCGAGGAUCAUCGAUGUGAGCAUGCGCGUGUGGUUGACUUGCGCAGUCAACGCUCUGACGUUGGUGGUGGUGGAGGGGUACCCCUGCCAUUUGAGGUGUACUGCCCAUGGAAUGAUGCGCAGUUUGUUUCACAUAGCGUCCCUUUGUGCCAUUCCCAUAUACAACGUGUUGGUUCAAGAACCUGUUAUGUUUUCGGUCAUUUUGACCGUUUUAUUAGCACUAUACGGCGCUUUCAUAUCGAAAGAAAUCCAAGAUAAUAGCAAGGUUUUGUUGUAAUUCAUAUAUUUCAUUCACACACCUUACACCAUACACAAUAAGGUGAUGGAUAACAACGUAAAAGGUAUUUUUUUUUACUUUAUGAGAUUUUGCUGAUGUAUAUCCAUGUUAAAACCAACUGAUUUUUGUAUCCGAUGUUAUGUGUUGGAAAUUUUUGGACGUGUCCACGUGUCAAAUAUACCUAAUUGGAGAAACUUCUAAACAAAAUUCGGAAUAACCGUCCAAAAAGUUAUCUCUUCCCCUAUUGAUGGUUAUUGGAGUCGAACAUUGGAAAAUUUGAUUCGCACGACCCCCAUAUUUUUGUAAAAUAAUUAUAUUAUAUACCUAUACCUAUAUCUCUUUGGAAUUUUAGUCUGUGAUAAACAAAUUACAUAUUGAAAAUAUUCUGCACCGAAUACCAUAUCAUUAUAGCUAUUAUGUACUUUGCCGCCAUAUCAAGAUACAAUUUGUUUGCAUAUCAAUAUUUAUUAAAUGCUCGCAUAAACAUAAGUCAAAUUAUAAUAUCCAAAGACGAAUUUUUCAAA